GGGGCGUGUGUGUUUGAUAAACAGGGCGUGGAUUUGGCAGUGACAAGGGAAGGGGUGUUCAGGAUUUUCUUACUGUAGAGACGCUGCCAAGGAGCCACAGGAGCGCACAGAAGGCACAGAGCGCUGCGGGGCGCCAAUUCACAACCACCUUUAAUGCCUUGACUUCGCUCGUGUUAUUUGGAAAUGUACAAUUUGUCUGUCUUGCUUUGACAACUUGAAAGCGGAAACGGGAUGGAGAGAUAAGAGAAGGAACAUGUGAAGCAUUUUGACGCGCGCGGGGCAAGUUUUGCGCCACUUGCUGCUGUGGCACGAGCGCGCUGGUUAUUUCAGAGCCCUCUUCGUUUGAGGAACUUUUAAGUGAGUAGUAUGAAGUCCUGUGUCAGGGCAUGUUUCCUGCGUUGUGUCCUCGUGCUCAGGAUUGCGACUCAUGGGAUGUAGUAAAUGGAGAGCUGCGUUCAACUUUGGACACCUGAAGGUGCAGUCCAAACUGUCCGUCUUCUUUACCAUGAUAAUACUCUUCACUUACCUCUUCUACUGCCUCAACGGAUAUUGUGACUCCUUGCCAAGGCCAAUUUACGACCGCCAAAGCAGUUACCAAAGUAAAAUGGUCCUUAAAGAUGGAGAGGAAGGGUCAACGCAGCAGCAUAACGCGUCUCAGGUGUCAUUUGUCCGGGGACAGCUGUCGGACUUAUCCAACAGAGAUGCGUCAUCUAACAUCUCUAUAGCCAACACCUUCGGAAGCAAAAAGUUUCCUCAAGCUAUCAUCAUCGGGGUGAAGAAAGGGGGCACACGGGCUCUGCUGGAGUUCCUGCGCAUCCACCCGGACGUGAGAGCGGUCGGAGCUGAACCGCACUUCUUCGACCGGUUCUACGAUAAGGGACUGGCGUGGUACAGGAAUCUGAUGCCUCGUACUCUAGAGGGUCAGAUCACAAUGGAGAAGACCCCCAGCUACUUCAUCACCAAAGAGGCUCCUCGUAGUGUCUUCUCUAUGAGCCGCCAUACCAAGCUCAUCGUGGUGGUACGCGACCCUGUGACCCGGGCUGUUUCUGAUUACACCCAGACUUUGACGAAAUCUCCCGGGCUUCCCUCCUUCCAGAACCUUGCCUUCCGCAACGCCACCACAGGCCUCAUUGACACAUCCUGGAGCGCUGUACGCAUCGGCAUCUACGCCAAGCACCUCGAGAACUGGUUGCACUUCUUUCCGCUCUCAAGCUUACUCUUUGUCAGCGGUGAGCGCCUUGUCACGGACCCGGCAGGUGAAAUGGGCCGUGUCCAGGACUUCCUUGGACUGAAACGUGUCGUGACAGACAAGCACUUCUACUUUAACCAGACCAAAGGUUUCCCCUGCCUAAAGAAGCCGGAGGGGAGCAGCAGGCCGCGCUGCUUGGGGAAGUCAAAGGGCAGGCCCCAUCCCCAGAUCCCCUCAGAGGUCCUGCUCAGGCUUAGAGACUUCUACAGACCCUUCAAUCUCAAGUUUUACCAAAUGACUGGCCAUGAUUUUGGCUGGGACUGAGCAGCUACUCACCAAAGCUUUUAAAAACUCUUUGUAGCGUUCUUGUUCAGCUAACUACCAAAACCAGACACGGAUACCAAGGAAACAUUGCAUUGAUCAAAGGUUAAAGUGUGCAAAACAUGCCUUUUCUCUGUUUCCUUUUCUAGGACAACCCCUGAUUUCCUUUCGAUUUACAACAGCCAUGCCAACACAUUUUGUGAGUUUUGAUCCUUUGAGCCACUUCAGAAAGCAUUUCUAAACAAAAGCUUUGCAGAAGUGCUUGUUGUGGUUCACACUGCUGCACUGUGAUGAGCACAAGCCAUAAGCUUAGAAUGGGAACUUCUAGUACUUGGCACCCCGAGUGGCAGAAGAAUCCUAAGCUCUCAUUGCUGUCCAAAACACUAAAAAGCAUAACCUCUGUAUUGCAGAAAAUAACCCCAGCAAGAUGCCAACAGUGCAAGGACUUUGGUUUAAAGUGGCAGCAGAGUAACAGGAUGUGACAGCAGGGCAGAGCUACAAUAAACCAAAUUAUAUAUCCAAGACACGCAAGCUGUGAUACAAGCAGCAUUGACGGUGAAAAAAGGUUUUGAAUUAUGCACAAUCAAGCACAAUCAUACAAUAUAUAUAUAUACAUACAUGACUUAGAUACUCUUACAUACAGCAUUGUUCGGUUCACCUCUGGGUAAAUGUUCUCAAAUGUUUAUAAAGCAGAUACCAGAUUAUGAAAGCCUUUUUUUGUCUUCUUACAGUGUACAUUCUUUUUCUGGACUGUCAUACCAUUUUAUCACUAAAAAGAUGUAGCAAAUGGAGAAUAACAGGACAGCUGUGGCUGUUACAGAGAAAAGUAGCAGAAAUGCAAAAUGCAGACCAUCAUGUGCUGUAAAUGUGCUGCCAUUGUAGCUACACACAUCUGUAAAUGUGAUGUCUUUCUUCAAUUUAUCAACACUCACCUCCACAAAUGGUACUUACAUGAAACUGUAUAUUUCUGAAAGCAUAAUUUAUAAGAUGACAUAGUAUUGUGAGACUUUUGUAUUUGAAAUUCUGCUGGAAAUUCUGACUAAAACUUCUGUACUGAAA